GGGCCUACAUGGGUUCGUAGCUUCCGCUACGCCAGGUUCUUGGUUCGAGACCCACACGACUGCUGAUGGGCCAGACAAUAUAAAUGUACAAAGCAAUUGAUUUAAAGCUCCAAGCGAUUUGGAUACAUCUCGGCGCCAAAUCGGGGUGUGAGAAACAAUAGUGUGCACAACUGGGGCGGAGUUCCACUCGUCGCCCGGAACUUUUUUUGUUUGUUACUUUGACAGCAGUCGGUGCACGCGUGUGUAGAUGUGUGACAGCGGAGUGUGUGAGGACAAACCCCCCGCCCCCCCUGUCAGGAUGAGCAGCCAAGCAGGAGCCAAGGAGCCUCAGUCAGCCAAUCACAACUCAAAGCCUCUACCCUCUGUGCCGGAGGAGAGGAAGUCGAGGAACAAGAUCAUCUCCAUGUUUGCCUCCGAAAAGGGCGGGAGGAAGAAGGAUCGUGACAAGGACAGGCCCGAGAUCUCCUCCCCCUCUGACUUUGAACACACCAUCCACGUUGGCUUUGAUGCAGUCACAGGGGAGUUCACAGGUAUGCCAGAGCAGUGGGCCCGUCUACUGCAGACCUCCAACAUCAGUAAGUUGGAGCAGAAGCAGAACCCCCAGGCGGUGCUGGACAUCCUCAAGUUCUACGACUCGUCCAGCGGGAAGCAGAAAUACCUCAGCUUCUCUGCCUCAGAUAAAGACCCACAGUCGCCAGGCAAGCAGGCAGGCAAAACCUCGCCGGCAGGUGGCGGCAAGGGCGGCGACGAUGACGAUGAUGAAGCCCCGCCCCCGAUCGUGGCCCCCAGACCGGAGCACACUAAAUCAGUGUACACCCGGUCGGUGAUCGACCCGCUCCCGGCACCGGAGGGGGAGAAGAACGCAGACAAGCUGAGGAAGAAGGGAGGAAAGAUGACGGACGAAGAGAUCAUGGAGAAGCUCCGUACUAUUGUCAGCAUCGGAGAUCCAAAGAAAAAGUACAUGCGCUACGAAAAGAUCGGCCAGGGGGCCUCUGGAACCGUUUACACGGCCAUAGAUGUUGCUACAGGCCAAGAGGUGGCCAUCAAACAGAUCAACCUGCAGAAGCAGCCGAAGAAGGAGCUGAUCAUCAACGAGAUCUUAGUCAUGAAAGAGAUGAAGAACCCCAAUAUCGUCAAUUUCCUCGACAGUUUUCUUGUCGGAGAUGAGCUGUUUGUUGUCAUGGAGUACCUGGCCGGUGGCUCUUUAACAGACGUUGUCACAGAGACCUGCAUGGAUGAGGCCCAGAUUGCUGCCGUGUGCCGAGAGUGUCUCCAAGCGCUUGAGUUCCUCCACGCCAACCAGGUGAUCCACAGGGACAUCAAGAGUGACAACGUGCUGCUGGGCAUGGACGGCUCCGUCAAGCUGACUGACUUUGGCUUCUGCGCCCAGAUCACCCCCGAGCAGAGCAAGCGUAGCACCAUGGUGGGCACGCCGUACUGGAUGGCCCCGGAGGUGGUGACCCGCAAGGCCUAUGGGCCCAAGGUGGACAUCUGGUCCCUGGGCAUCAUGGCCAUCGAGAUGGUGGAGGGGGAGCCGCCUUACCUCAACGAGAACCCUCUGAGGGCUCUGUAUUUGAUCGCUACCAACGGCACGCCUGAGCUCCAGAGCCCAGAGAAGUUGUCCCCGGUGUUCAGGUCCUUCCUGUCUCGCUGCCUGGAGAUGGACGUGGAGAAGCGAGGCGGGGGCAAAGAACUGCUGCAGCAUCCUUUCCUGGAGAUGGCCAAACCUCUGUCCACGCUCACACCACUCAUCCUGGCAGCUAAGGAAGCCAUGAAGAACAACCGCUAACCACUGGCCUACGUCGGCUACCGGGCUAACCCAAUGACUGCUAUGCCAACUUGCAUCUUUGGACCGCUGUAUCUCUCGCAACCUGCUAUCCGUAUAGCGGGCAGCUAAUGAUGUUCUGUGAUUUCUUACAAUUUUACUGACUAUUCUGUAUAUUUUACAACCCCCCCCCAGCCCCCCAUGCCAGUCACCAAUAGCUAACACCUUGACCAUGGUUUAGUGGCGUUAGCCAAGUGCCUAUUGAACCUUUUGGGUUAAGAAUAUUUUCAGCGCUAGGUGUCUUUCCGUUAGAGUAUUAUUACCAGUGGCCAUGCACAUACGUCAGACCCUUCCUGUGUCAGUGGGUGAACUUCUAAUGCUUGGAAGGGAACCGCCCUGUUUAUUUUUUAAAUAAUAUAAGAGAGUACUGCUUCCUAAAUGUGUUGUUGUGAAACAAUCGCUGUUUGCAAAAUCAAGUGUUUCCACAGAAGAGGUUUUCCAUUUACGUCAUUAGUCCAGGAUUUGCGUUCGCCGUUGGCCGAAGUGGAGAAAUUACCUCAAUGGUCCCAACAUUUACCAACACUCGUGUGAAGCAGUACUCUCUUGUAUUAGAAAACAGCCAAGCUGGACUGUUCCUUUUGCUCAACGUAAAAACAUGAGUUUGAUGUGUGGUUUCAUGUGCCAUCACUUCCAAGGUUAUCAUAAUCACCACUUCGCCGGAGUUUAGCUGAACCAGUAUUUUCACGAUUGUCCUGAGUCUGACCGACCUAGCACCGACAAUCAGUUAUUCCUGCAUUCAAACACUCAAGGCGUAGAAACCAAAACAAUUUCAUUUUUGUGGUCCAACUGAAAGACUGGGGAACUCAGUCCUCGUCAACGUUAUCAAAUGAAAGAUGUUCAACCGCCUGUUUUGUUAUCGAGAAAUUAUACACGCUCUUUACCUUUUUUCGUUUCAUGCCUUAAAUUUCAUUAUUUUCACAAUGAAACCAGUUUUUGAAAGCAUUACUGGAGGAAGAUUUGUUUUGUAUAUUUUGUAAUGUUUUCUGCCAUUUCUAACGUUUUAGAUAACUUUUCUUUCUAAAGUAAUUGUCACCAUCAGUUGAGCUGCCUCUGCAACGCAUGGUUCAAAGAACAGAAACAUGCUGGUCUUAACAACACUUUUCACAAGAGGACCAAAUGCAAACACUCAAAGCAUGCUAAUGCUAUGUGGUGGAUUGACAAUCAGAUUUGUAUUAAAUCUGCACAAACUGCAGGAUUGCAAAUAUACUCUUCCAAGAGUAUAUGCUACUCUUUAGUUAUAAGGAUCAUUAAUGACAUGUAUUCAUAUAAUGGACCAUCAAGUGACACUUUGCUGUCCAGUCAGAGAGCACACAUUCCAUUUAGAAGUUCAAAACGUGAUUGAUAUGAUAGUAGCUUCAACGCUGUUGAAUCAAAAGCAUACUCCUCCUGAAUCUGUAAGUUAUUAUUAAAGAUGGACCGGAACAGUUCA